AUGAUUUUCAAAUCUCGUUUUCCUGAUAUUGAAAUUCCAAAAAUCGGGGUUUAUCAAUAUGCUACAAGUAAUCCUAGUGGAAUUGAUGAUGACAAACACAUCUUUAUUGAUGCUAUGACGAAUAAAAAAUUAUCGUUUGGUGAAUUUAAAAGAGAUACAAAGAGAUUAGCGGCUGGUUUGGUUAAUAAAGUUGGAUUUAAACGUGGAGAUGUUUUGGCCAUAUUCUCUACUAAUCACCUUGAUUAUCCGACCGUGGUAUAUGGAGGGAAAGUGUCCCCAAUAAAUCCAUUAUAUACGGUUGAUGAAUGCACCUAUCAAUUAAAAGAUUCUGGUGCAUCCGUCAUUAUAGUUAAUCCUUCAUUUCUUUCAAAUUUGAUUGAAGCCGCAUCCGCAGCAAAUAUUCCAAAAUCCAAAAUAUUUUUGUUUGGUGAAGAAGAAAUUGAUGGAAUUCGACCUUUAUCAUCUUUAUUUUCGGAAAAAGAAAUUAAUCCAAUAGAAUACACCUCAGAAGAAGCAAAGUCAACGACUGCCUUUUUAUGUUACAGUUCCGGUACUACAGGAAAGAAUAAAGGAGUUGAAACUACUCAUUAUAAUAUGGUAUCAAAUUUAGCUCAAUUAUCUGCUUUCGAAAAGGGAUUCACUCAUGAAACGUCUUUCAUUGGAUUUCUCCCUUUCUUCCAUAUAUACGGAAAAGUCUUCCUUUUACACCUUAUUAUUCUUAAGGGAGCUUCGUGUGUUAUUCUUCCCAAGUUCGAAUUAGAAAUAUUUUGUCGUGCGAUUCAAGAUUAUAAAGUAAAUUUGGCACCAGUUGUACCUCCUGUCAUUUUGCUUUUAGUUAAAAGCCCCAUUGCAAGAAAAUAUGAUCUAUCAAGUUUACGAUUACUUAUAUCCGCUGCCGCUCCUUUAAGCAAAGAAUUAACUAAUGAUUUUUUUAAAAUUCACAAAAUUCCAAUCAAACAAGCUUACGGUUUAACAGAGACAUCUCCAAUUACACAUUUGGUGGAGACUGAUAACAUUAUCCAAGGCUCGAUUGGAAUUCUUCUUCCAAAUAUUGAAUGUAAAAUAAUUUCGGAGAAUGGUCAAGAACUCGGAUGUAAUGAACUUGGCGAAUUAUACGUCCGUGGACCAAAUGUUAUGAAGGGUUAUCUUAAUAAUAAGAAAGCUACGGACAUGUGUAUUGAUAGCGAUGGUUGGUUUCGUACAGGGGAUGAAGUAUACGCUGACUCUCAAGAAAAUUUUUUCAUUGUCGAUCGCGUUAAAGAAUUAAUUAAGUACAAGGGAUUCCAAGUAGCUCCAGCCGAACUUGAAUCAAUUUUGCUUACUCAUCCAUCUAUUGAUGAUGCUGCGGUAAUCGGAGUAUAUUCUGAUGAAAAUGCGACAGAAUAUCCGACAGCAUUCGUAGUAUUACAAAAAGAUAUAAAUCAAUCUGAUGAGAUGAAGGAAGAAAUUAAAGAAUUUGUCUCUCAAAGAGUUUCUAAUCAUAAAAAAUUACGUGGUGGCGUUUAUUUUACUGAUCAAAUUCCUAAAAGUCCCUCUGGUAAAAUUCUGAGAAGGUUUUUAAGAGAAAGUGUAAAGAAUAUUUCAAAAUUUUAA